GCCCCAUCCAGCAGUUUGCAGAUAGACUCAGUGGCUACUUCGUGCCCUUCAUUGUUAUCGUGUCCCUGUUAACACUGAUAGUGUGGCUGGCCAUUGGCUUUGUCAACUUCGACAUUGUGAAGGAGAACUUCCCGGGUUACAACCAGAGCAUCUCCAAGGCAGAGGUCAUCAUCCGCUUCGCCUUCCAGGCGUCCAUCACCGUUCUCUCCAUCGCCUGCCCCUGCUCUCUGGGGCUGGCAACUCCGACGGCGGUCAUGGUUGGCACGGGGGUCGGCGCUCAGAACGGCAUCCUCAUUAAAGGAGGCGAGCCGCUGGAGAUGGCACAUAAGAUCAGUGUGGUGAUGUUUGAUAAAACUGGCACUAUUACAAACGGCGUGCCGCGGGUGACUCGAGUCCUGGUGUUGUGGGAAGUGGCCCGCAUGCUGAGGAAGAUCCUGGCAGUGGUGGGUACCGCCGAGGCCAGCAGCGAGCACCCGCUAGGCAUAGCAGUUGCCAAAUACUGCAAACAGGAGCUGGGCUCCGAUGUCCUCGGGUGCUGCCAGGACUUCCAGGCCGUGUCCGGCUGUGGGAUCAGCUGCCGGGUGUCCAGCGUGGAACAUCUGCUGCUGCAGCCGAGCGAGGAGCGAUUCCUGCUGCCGGGGGCUACUAUUGAAGAAAGCAGCAUGCCUGCAGGAGAGUCCACCUCUGCAGCUGAAGGGCUGUUUUAUUCUGUCCUGAUUGGAAACAGAGAGUGGAUGAGGAGGAAUGGCCACCACAUAGGAGCAGAUGUGGAUGCCGCGAUGUCGAGCCACGAAACCAAAGGGCAGACAGCCAUACUGGUGGCUAUAGAUGGUGUUUUGUGUGCAAUGUUAGCCAUCGCAGACACGGUGAAAGCAGAGUCAGCAUUAGCAGUGCAUACACUGAACACUAUGGGCAUUGAGGUGGUGAUGAUGACGGGAGACAACAGGCGCACAGCUAAAGCCAUAGCAGCACAGGUGGGGAUCAGAAAGGUAUUUGCAGAAGUGCUGCCAUCACACAAGGUGGCAAAAGUCCAGGAGCUGCAGAAACGAGGCCUGAGGGUGGCCAUGGUGGGAGAUGGCGUGAACGACUCCCCCGCCCUCGCCCGUGCCGACGUCGGCAUCGCAAUCGGGACAGGCACCGAUGUGGCUAUUGAGGCGGCUGACAUUGUCUUGAUCCGAAAUGACCUGCUAGAUGUGGUGGCCAGCAUCGAGCUGUCCAAGAAGACGGUGCGUCGGAUAAGGAUCAACUUUGUCUUUGCUCUCUUCUACAAUCUUGUUGGAAUACCAAUUGCUGCAGGUGUGUUCAUGCCCGUUGGCCUGGUGCUCCAACCCUGGAUGGGCUCAGCUGCAAUGGCCGCCUCAUCAGUUUCAGUGGUCCUGUCUUCUUUACUGCUGAAAAUGUACAAGAAAACCUCAGUGGAGCUCUAUGAGAUGCGUGCUAGAGGCCAAAUGAGGAGCCUUCGUUCGUCUCAGAUCAGCACACAUCUGGGUCUGGACGGCCGGCGGCGCAGUCCCGCUCUCCCCAACGCAACUCGGGAACAGAGGAACCCAAGCGGUUCCUCUCCACCCGGCUUCUCCAGCCGCUCACCCAGUCAAGGGGCAUCCAUUAAGGUUGUUGCUGAGGAGCAGAACCGCUACUCCCUGCUGGAGCACCAGACUGCAGUCGUCCUCAACGUGUUGUAAAGGGAAAACAGGAAGAUGUUUUUUACCUGGUACUCAUGUUUAUGACUAAAAAAUUUUUUUUUAAAUGUAAAUACACUAAUUGUCAAACCUAAAGUGCUCUUUUAUUUUGAUGUAACAUUAAAGUUUUACUGAAGCCACA